AUGGAGACAACCAGCCCCCACCCCGAGGGUCACAAAGGAAGCCCCACAACAGAGCCCCCCAAGAGCAUAGGGCUGUGGCCCCCAGGAGCCAUGAGCGACGGCACAGAGACAUUUUUACUGCACAUUUCUAGAACGGCAGGCAGCAGCUCGGAAGGAACGGAGGACUCUGAUUUCUCCACCGACCACGAACACGUGGAAGCCGCAGAGAGAGCGCGCAGACGCAGCAGCACUCGUCUGACUCGUGCGUCGCUGCGCCUCAGCCAGAGCUCACAAGAUAACAGCAGCUUGAUACGCAGCGGCUCACCGGCCGCUGCGGCUCACGAUGAAGGCCCAGAUUCAGCAGCAGAAUCGGCUGCAGCUCCGGUGGCUGCUUCAGUCUUCUCCUCUGGACGCAGGAUCACACGCAGCCAGCAGGGGGCAGCAAACCCCAAAGGCAAAAAGUACCCUUUGCGUCAGAGCAGGUCAUCUGGCUCAGACACAGAGGCCAAUGAUGCAAAACAAAGAGCAGACAGGGAUGAGACGCCACCUCGGACCCCGACAGGCAACGCCCCGUCCUCAGAGUCUGAUAUCGACGUCUCCAGCCCGAGCAACGAGCACGUGUCUUCCAGCAACAAUAUAGUAGUUUCCCAAGAGGAGGACGAGAGGCUGGCCAAAGAGCUGUCGAUGAAAGAGGCCGCGGCCCACGACCUCUCCCACCGCCCUAAACGACGACGGUUCCAUGAAAGCUACAAUUUUAACAUGAAGUGUCCCACACCAGGAUGCAACUCGCUGGGUCAUCUAACAGGAAGACAUGAGAGACAUUUCUCCAUAUCAGGCUGCCCGCUCUACCACAACCUCUCUGCUGAUGAAUGCAAGGGCAAAGCGACGACACGAGACAAGCAGGCCGAGGAAAGGGCGCUGUCGCACCGGCAGGACGAGAACAGACACUCCACACGGAGCCAGGUAAUAUGCAGGAAGGCAACCCCCCCACACCUCACUCUCAUGUUACUUUUCAUGCAGGAACAGCUGAGAUCACACUGCUGGUGGUCAGUGUAGCGAGGUCACAGCGAUGACGGCUCACACAGGAAAUAAAGCGUCUGAUGCUCCUGUUUACUUCAUCUGACAGGCAGCUUCUCCUGAGCAGAAAUCAGAUUUCAGCAGCACGACAUGAUUUAG